CCCUCCCAUUAAUGAGUUUGAACCAAUUUUUGAGAGCUUGGGUUUGAGGCCAUCUCAGCUACCGAUGCUUCUCCCACGGAACUUGAUGUUUUUGAGCGACGAUCGUCUAAUGCUUUAGAACUUUCAGGUUUUAUGUGAUUAUGGGAUUUCGCAUAGUAAGAUCAGUAAAAUGUGGAAGGAGACUGAAAAGAUUAUUAUUUUUUUGAUAAGUAAGUUCAGAUUUUAGAGACUAAAGAGAUUUUUGAUUACGGUAAUGGGAUAUUGGCUUUGAAACUUCAAGCUUAUGAAACAUUGGGUUUGAGUAGACCCACAGUUAGCUCAUAAGUUGUUGCCCCUCAGUUUUCUAAGAGAUUAGGGAUUGAAAAUAAUUGGUUUAGAAGGUAUUCAUCUGGUAAAAGCACCUACAACUGGAACCGUUUGCAAAGACUUAAAAAGUUGGAAGAGAUGAUCUAUGUAAAAUUAUAAAGGAAGAUCCAAUGAAGCUGUUCGAUUUGGCGUCUAAAGCCAAAAUAAAGGAAUCGAACAUGGUGAAAUUUGCAUUAUGAGCAAGAAGAUCUUCUUCAAUGGCAAGGGAUCAACCAAUCUCUGUGAAAGAUGCUAUUUACAAACUGCAGCUUUCCCUCCUUGAAGGCAUCCAAGACGAAAACCAGCUUUUUGCUGCUGGAUCUCUGAUGUCGCGCAGCGACUAUGAAGAUGUUGUGACCGAGCGUUCGAUUGCAAACAUCUGUGGUUACCCUCUUUGCCGCAAUUCUCUGCUGUCCGAUCGCACUCGGAAGGGCCGCUAUCACAUUUCUGUGAAGGAACACAAGGUUUAUGAUCUACAGGAGACGAACAUGUAUUGCUCUUCCAGUUGUGUUGUAAACAGCCAAGCGUUUGCUAAGAGCUUGCAAGAUGAGAGAUGCUUAGUUUUGAAUUCAGAUAAACUUAAUGAGGUUUUGAGGUUGUUUGGAAACUUGAGUUUGGAUUGUGGGGAUGAUUUGGGGAAGAAUGGGGAUUUAGGAUUGUCCGGCUUGAAGAUUCAGGAGAAAACAGAAACCAAGGAUGGGGAAGUUUCUUUGGAGCAGUGGAUUGGUCCAUCAAAUGCAAUUGAAGGUUAUGUUCCUCAGAGAGAUCGCAGUUCCAAGCCUUCACCUUCGAAAAAUAUCAAAGAAGGGUCCAAAGCUAAACAUACCAAGUCGAGUAGUGAAAAAGGCUUGCUUAUUAAUGAGAUAGACUUCAUAAUCACUAAAGAUGAAUAUAGUGUCUCAAAAGUGCCACCAGGUUCAACAAAGACUACCUCCUAUACUAAAUCAAAGGAACCAAAGGGAAAAGUGAGUUAUGAGGACUCUGAGGAUCAAGUCACCAUAUUUGAAAAACCAUCUGUUCCCACAAAGAAUGAUUCUGAAAGGAAAUCAAGAGGAUCAAGAGGGGAAAAGAAUAAAAUAGUCAGCAAAGAUAAUCAUAGCAUCCUGGAGGUGCCUUCAGCUUCAAAUCCCUGCGCAAUUGGUCCCAAUGUAAGUACUGCAGAAGCAGAAGAGGAAGCCCAUGUUGAAAAAUUAGCUAAAUCGAAUGGAACCAUACUCAAAUCCUGUCUUAAACCUUCAGGGAGAAUGAAACGUAGUUGCUCUGUUACCUGGGCUGAUGAGAAAGUUAAUGGCACUGGGAGUGGAAAUCUUUGUGACAUUAGAGACGUGGAAAACAAAAUAGCUCCUAAAAAAUUAGGUGGUACAGAUUUGGGAGAUGAUGAAAUGUUAUGGUUUGUAUCUGCGGAAGCUUGUGCAAAAGCAUUGAGCCAGGCAGCAGAAGCUGUUGCUUCCGAAGAAUCUGAUGCCACUGAUGCCGUGUACGAAGCUGGAAUUAUUAUAUUGCCACAUCAAAGUGAUGCAGAUGAAGAGGAAUUGGAGGAGGAUGUUGAUAUGCUGGAACCAGAAUCAGCUCCUUUAAAGUGGCCAGGAAAGCCUGGGAUUCCACAUCCUGAUUUAUUUGACCCUGAAGAUUCAUGGUAUGAUGCUCCACCAGAAGGUUUCAGUUUGGCUUUAUCACCUUUUGCUACAAUGUGGAUGGCUCUCUUUGAAUGGACAACGUCAUCUUCUUUGGCUUAUAUAUAUGGGAGAGAUGAAAGUUUUCAUGAAGAUUAUCUAUCAGUAAAUGGGAAGGUGUACCCCUGUAAGAUUGUCUUGGCAGAUGGUCGUUCUUCUGAAAUCAAGCAAACUCUUGCUGGUUGUCUUGCUCGGGCUUUGCCUGGACUAGUUGCUGAUCUAAGACUGCCAACACCAAUAUCUAUUUUGGAGCAAGGAAUGGGGCGCUUGUUGGAUACAAUGACUUUUACCGAUGCACUUCCAGCUUUCAGAUUUAAACAGUGGCAAGUGAUUGUUCUUCUGUUCAUUGAAGCUCUCUCUGUUUGUAGGAUCCCUGCACUUACUCCACACAUGACUAAUAGGAGGAUGUUGUUGCUGAAGGUGUUGGAUGGUGCCCAAAUAAGUGUUGAAGAAUAUGAGAUUAUGAAGGAUCUGAUGAUUCCACUUGGCAGAGCUCCUCAUUUCUCAUCUCAGAGUGGAGCUUGAUGAAAAAGAAAUGGCAACUACAAGUGCACAUAUUAUCUAUUGGUUUAUAUUUCAUCGGUCACCUAAACCUCGUCAUAAUCUCUUCGGAAAUAAUGAGGUUUUGUUUUGUGGGACCAGAUUAAAGUUUUGUUCUAAUUACUGUGGAAAGUUUGGUUUAGCCAUGAAAUCAACUCGGAGAAACUUUUGACACCCUGGUUCCAAACACGAGAAGAAAGAAAGCAUUGCUUCCUUAUGCAAUAUGCAGCAACAAAGUUAAAUUUUGGAACUUCAUUGUACAUCCGCAAUAUAGAGAAGGAAAUGCUACAUUGAGUACUAGUCUUUGCGGAAGGCUUUAGAUAUUUCUCAUUUGUAUUAUCUUGUAUAAACGCUAAUUUUGCUGAUUUUUCUUAAUGGAAUUUAGAUAUUUCUUUUUGGUGCC